UAAAGCCCGCUUUGCUCUAGGAUUUCAGUUGCGUCCCUUGCCCCUCUGCCUCCUCGCGGGCGCGGCGACCACUGGAGCCCGUCACCAUCUUCCCCACGACGCGCUGUCCUGAGCCCGCAGCUAUGUGCCGGACCCUGGCCGCCUUCCCCACCACCUGCCUGGAGAGAGCCAAAGAGUUCAAGACACGGCUGGGCAUCUUUCUUCACAAAUCAGAGCUGGGCUCCGAUACCGGCAGUGUCGGCAAGUUUGAGUGGAACAGCAAACACAACAAAGAGAGCAGAAACUUCUCAGAAGAUGUGCUGGGGUGGAGAGAGUCAUUUGACUCGCUGCUGAGCAGUAGAAAUGGAGUGGCCGCCUUCCAUGCUUUUCUGAAGACGGAGUUCAGCGAGGAGAACCUGGAGUUCUGGCUGGCCUGUGAGGAGUUCAAGAAGCUCCGGUCAGCUACCAAGCUGGCCUCCCGGGCUCACAAGAUCUUUGAUGAAUUCAUCCGCAGUGAAGCCCCGAAAGAGGUGAACAUAGACCAUGAGACCAGGGAGCUGACCAGGACGAAUGUGCAGGCCGCCACAUCCACGUGCUUCGACGUGGCUCAGGGGAAGACCCGCACCCUGAUGGAGAAGGACUCGUAUCCACGCUUCCUGAAGUCCUCUGCUUACCGGGACCUGGCUGCCCAGGCCUCGGCCACCUUGGCCUCUCCAUCCAGCUGCGGCCCGGAGCCCUUGCACACUUGAGCCUCGUGGCCGUGAGGAAGCCAGCCGGGAAGAGAGGUGGAGUCGCCCAUCCCUGAGGCAGGUUCUGCAAAGCAGCCCUGAGAGGACAGUAAAGGAGUCUGGCUGCCUGAUUUGGAAGCAAUGCCCUCUCCUCCAGAUACUAUGGGACUGAAUUCCAUGCCUGAGUGGGUCCCCCCACCCCCGCUUUCAGGACCAGUGUAUAAGGGCUCAAGAGGAGGGUUGUGUGAGGGUCUCCAGGGUAGGAAAGGUGGUGUAGGAGUGAUCAUCGGCUCUUGUUCUCCAUGGGGCAAGAAAUAUUCCAGGGUGUGUUGGGAAGCCUGGAUAAAGGGAAUGCGAAAGCCAGAGAGGGGAAGACCACCACAUCACCUCUCAUGCCUGUUGAAUGGCUGACUCUGAUUGCAUCCUGUUUUCCUAGUUCCCAGGCUGUCCAGGGUACAGAAGGGGGCCAGGGAUGUGGUGUCUUCCCAUUCUGUCCCCCCUCACCUGCCUCUGGGCUGCCCAAGGGUCUCUUAGCUUGCACUUUUUAACAUUCCUGUGUCCAGCCUCCCAGUCUUCUUGAGGCCAGAGAACCAAUUUGAUGUUUGCCCCAAACGAGAGAUUAAUACCUCAAAAGCUGGCGUUUUGAGCCCCUUUGCAAGCCAGUGGAGAGCUUGGAAAAGGGGCCAUCUUGCUCCUGUGAAAUUAAUCUUGGUGCUCUUGGUGACCUUUGUAGGUGGUCCCUGACCCUGUGGCAAGGUCCGCCUGUGAGCAGGGCCUGUGAGGCCUCUUGCUGGGCUGUGCCCUCUCGUGGGUCCAUGCUGCCCUUGAACAUCGGGCCCAUGAAGAGGAAGGUGUGGACAUCCACAGUGAGCGGCUAGCCCAGCAGGGUGGAGCUAGGGAGAAAAGGGUCAUGAAAACUCUCUUGACAGUUUGUGACAGUUCCGUUGAAAUCAAGCCAGUUUUUUUUUUUUUCCCUGUGGGUUUGAGAACAGGGAAAAAGAGCCGCCCAGAAGGGAACAGGAGCCUUGUGUUUCUUCCCCGUGGAUGUGAGGUGCCCUUACCCAAGUGUGGGGGGCGGGUCGGGCCAGGAGCCACAAUGACCCUCCGAAGACCUUAGACACUGGAAGGGCUGCUGGGGAGAGAGGCUGCUUGGAAGAGCCUGACUGGGGGAAGCCGGACCCUGCUUGUCACCUCAGGGCCACACCAAACACCUACCUUGUGGUGGGACUUCUGCACAAGCCCAGGCCAGGGAGGCUGAAUGCACCAGGCAGCCCCUCCUCCCCCAGGAAGAGCAACACUGUUCUCUCUGCACUCCUCCGAGCUCCUCCAGGAGGAAGUUAUUUAAGUAUAAUGUAACGCUGGUUUUGUGACAGUUGUCAUAGCAUAUUAUUUUUAUUACUGUUGUGUUGUUGCCGUUGUUAUUUAUUAUUAUUGUAAUCUCAGUUGGCCUCUGCUGGGGAAUCUCGGCAGGAGCUGGCAGCCUGACUGUCUCCCUCUCCACCAGACUCUACCUCUACGUGCUGGGAACCUCUUAGCGCCUGUCAGGGACGCCUCGCUGUUUAAAUAUUUAUUUAUUGUUGACAAUGGAGCUGGUUUCCUAGAUAAGAACGGUGUACUCAAUCCCUGUUUCCUUGUUUUAAGCAUGUUAUAUUCUUGUAAAAUAAACAUAAAACCCAGAUACGA